AUGCUGCGGGACCGGCGCUCGCAGCGCUGUGCGGAGAUCCGGGCCGGGGGCGGCUACCGCCGCUGCGCGGUGUCCGACGCGCUCAGGUGGGAUCGGGAUCGGGGCUCGCGGAUUCGGGUCCUGGUCCUGCAGGUGUCGGCUGUGGGAUCCGGGCAGAGCCGCUUCUUCCUCGGCAAGCAGGGUGCGGGUGCUGGGGCCGGAGGAUCGAGGAGGGAUUGGGGCUGGGAUCGGGACCGGCGCUACCGCCGGCGGGAAGAGCCGCUCCGGGACGGGUGCCGGGACCGAGCCCGGCGCUGCCGCUCCCGCUGCGGCGGGUGCGGGGCUGGGGUCGCACCGGAGCUCCGGGCACGCUCCUGCUUGUGGCCGUGGGGAGCCAGGGGAUGCCGGUGCCGGGCCCGCCAGGAGGACGGCGCUUCCCUAGAGCAGACGCUGGAUCGCGGCUGGAAGAAGGCAGGGCACGGGGAUCGCCCGGCCCCGGGACCCACCGGCGGCGCCGCCCCCUCAGCGCCGCCUCCCGCCCCGCGGGGUCACCGAGCCCCCGGCCCCGGUAACCCUGCGGCCACCGCGCUCCCUGCCCGCAUCCCCGGGGAGCCUCUGCCGAACGAGCGGGGCGGCCGCUGGGGCCGGCUCCAAGUGUGCCCGGUGUGGGACUGGAGGAGGCCAGAAGCCCCCGAAAGGUUGGCAGCACCUCGUGUCCUUGGCAUCUGCAGGGGAGGAGCUGUGCCUGCAGCGUCCUGCCCGCGGCACGCAGCAUGCCAAGCACACGGGCACCGGGGCACCGGGACAGCGCCGGCACGGACACGGCUGAAGGGCUGCCUGUGGCUCCUCGGCCAGGGCUGCUCCGAACAGGCACAUGGAGAUGCUUCAGCCCGCACAGAGAGCACUGACAGCCCAGAAGGACCCGAGGAGCGGCUGGCACGAUCUGGGAAUGGAGGCACGGGGCCGCUUGCAGAGGGGCUCAGACAGCAAUUCCUGAUUCUGGCCUCCAAGAGUUCCCACACAGCUGCCAGGUAUGUCUUGACCACCCCAAAUCUCUUCCCUCCUUUCUUGUCUGAGGCCGCUGUCCAUCAGCAGCAUUUAAGCUAAGGCGAUUUUCCCUCACAGAUACUAAAUCCCAAGCAAUAGGCCUCGGAGAUGCCUUAAAAUCAGAGGUUUGAGUUGGGAUGAAGUUUGGAACUUUUCAGGGAGCCAGCUGGAAGUGCAGAAGUGGUGGAAGACUUUUGCAGUUCCCCAGUGAGAAGAACAUGACCUCACAGCCAUGGAGGCCUGACAGGGUCCUGCAGUGAGAGCUCAGCGCACGUCCACAGGGGUAAGUC